AUGGAGUCCUCCGAUCGUGUCCCUCGAAAUCUUGAUCAUGGGCCUCGCAGUUAUACUGACCAAGUCCUGGAAAUGUUGAAAGACAAAGCUACAGCGGGAGAUAAAUUUUGUCCUCCAGAUGCGAAUGAAUGCCACGGACGACGUGGCAGGAAGGUUUCAUUCAAGCGUGGUCGGGAAUCGGAGUCAGUCGACGGUCUGCCCUCAGGGCUGCGCCGACAUGCGAAAUAUGCAGCGGAGCAGCCUGCCGACCGAGUGAAACCUGAGAGCAAGACCCCCAAACGCUUACUCAAGCGAAAUUCUGCCGUCGACGUGGAAGUCCUCAAAGAGGAGAUGGAGGAUGUUAAGAAGACGCUUGCAUCUCUUCAAUCGCUCUUGACUGAACGAUACAAGAAAAAGCGGGUUUCUUUUGCAGAGGAUCUUCACUGA